CUUGCUGUCAGCUUGAAAAUUUCGACGGAAUUCAUGGCGUUUAUUUUUUCAUAAUCAAAUACAAAAAAAAACCAAUAAAAAUCUAAAAAACAAUCUCAAAAAUAUCAAAAUUACAAUUCGCAUACAAUCCAAAUUAUGUGAAUUGCAAAUAUUUACAACAAAAUAUACAAUUUGUAUAGUUUUUUCAGUGUUUUCAAUUUUCAACUUAACCUCAAAAUAAUAUGUGAACUAGACAAAGAUUUUUGUUAUCAUCCAACUUUUUAAACAAAAAAACAACAAAUCUACUUUAUACAAAACAAGAAAGAAAGAAAUAUUAAGUAAUUCAAUACAUUUGCAUAGCAAUAAAGCACAAAAAAUGGCCACUUCGAUUGUUCAACAAUUCGUUGCGGGGCUAAAAUCCCGUCACCGCGAUGUCCAACACAAGGCUGCUCAGUCCCUGUUUUUGUACGUGAAAACUGAAUUACGUGAAAUGUCUCAGGAAGAACUGGUACAAUUUUUUGAUGAUUUCAAUCAUCACAUAUUCGAUAUGGUUUUGAGUACGGAUAUAAAUGAAAAGAAGGGAGGAGUUCUUGCAAUAAAAUGUUUAAUUAGCGGUGAUGUUGUGAAUACAACAACUCGCAUAUCACGUUAUUCAACAAACUUGAGGAAUCUAUUGCCUUCGAAUGAUGUCUCGGUGAUGGAAAUUGCUGCACGAACUUUGGUUAAAUUAGCUUCGUUGCCCGGUUCCAAGGGAGCUGAAUCAUUUGAUUUUGAUAUAAAAAGAGCAUUCGAAUGGCUAUCUGGUGAUAGACAAGAGUAUCGCCGACAUGCAGCAGUUUUUAUUCUUCGUGAAUUGGCACUUGCUAUGCCAACUUAUUUCUACCAAUCCAUAUCGACAUUCUUCGAUAACAUCUUCAAUGCCAUCUAUGAUCCGAAAGCAGCUAUUCGAGAGUCUGCAGGAGAAGCCCUCCGUGCUGCACUCAUAGUUACAUCGCAGCGCGAGAAUACCAAACAAUCCAGCAAACCUCAGUGGUACAAAAUUUGCUUUGAAGAAGCUGAAAAAUGUUUCGCUAUCGAAACUCCAGUUUCUAAAGAAAAGGGCAUUACUCGUGACGAUCGCAUUCAUGGUGGCCUAAUUGUUUACAAUGAACUAUUUCGCUGUUCGAAUUCGUUGUGGGAACGUCGUUACAGCACUCUCAAGAACCUCCAACCCGAAUCGUAUCCUCGUAAGCACUAUUCCGAAUCAGGAGUAACAGCAAUAGUGCCACGUCUCAAGGCACCAUUCAUUGAAAAACUAGGAAGCACCCAAACACAUUUGGAACCAGAGCAUACAGCACUGAAAUUUUGUGGAAUGAAUGUCCAAGAGUCCGCUCAUAGUCGUCAGAUUUUAAUUGAAAAUUACUGUAAAAUCUGUGAUAACGUUCUGGAUCAACGGCUGUCCAAGUCUGUCCAUGUACAACAAGGUUUGUGCGAAGUGCUUCCCAGACUAGCUGCAUUUAAUCGCGAAGUAUUUGUCCUGAAAUACUUGAAGACUUCCAUCAAUCAUUUGCUGGGAACACUGAGAGGUAAAGAAAAGGAUCGAAAUAGUGCCUACAUCACAAUUGGUUACAUAGCUGUGGCUGUUGAGAAGGACAUUGACUCGCAUUUGAAAAAUAUUAUGGAUGCCAUUAAAAUGGCACUGCCUUCCAAAGAUACACCAGUCAAACGCAAACCUACAAUCGAUCCAGCUAUAUUCACUUGCAUAACGUUGUUGGCCAAUGCAGUCAAAUCGGGAAUCACUAGAGAUGUGACUAUGAUUCUGGAGCAAAUGUUUUCCACCGGUCUUUCUCCAGCUCUGACUGUGUGUUUACGGGAGUUGGCUGAUAAUGUUCCAGAUUUGAAGCCCCAAAUUGCUGAUGGACUGACGACUGUUCUCUCCCAGGUUCUAAUGAACAAAUUGCCUACUGGAAUGGGAACACCAAAACACAAUCUAAGUGCGCCAUUUGCUUCUUUGACCCUGGCCGAUUCUAGCCAGCAAGAUGUUCCCACAAUUAUUUUAGCCUUAAAGACUCUUGGAAGUUUUAAUUUCGAACAACAAAAUAUGUUGGAUUUUGUUCAAAGAUGCGCUGAUCAUUUCAUCAAUCACGAACAACAAGGAAUUCGUUUGGAGGCUGUUCAAAGCUGCACUCGUCUACUAAAGUUGGCAAUACAAUCAUCUGAAUCGCAGUUUGAAAGUUCCAAAACCUUGAGUGAAACUGUUUCUCAUGUUCUAGAACGUUUGCUAAUUGUAGCAAUCACUGAUAUCGAUUGCAAUGUACGACUUCGAGUUCUUCGUUCUUUGGAUGAGACUUUUGACGCUGAACUAGCACAACCCGAAUCACUGAGUGCUUUGUUUGUAACUUUAAAUGAUGAAGUAUUUGAAAUUCGUGAACUUGCUAUCGUGACUAUUGGCCGAUUGUCAGCAAUGAAUCCAGCUUAUGUGAUGCCAAAAUUAAGAAAAACACUCAUUCAAUUAUUAACAGAGUUGGAACAUUCAGGAAUGAGUCGUAAUAAAGAGCAAAGUGCAAGAAUGUUGGAUCAUUUAGUUAUAAGUACACCAAGGUUAAUAUCUUCAUACAUGCGUCCCAUCUUGACAAUUCUGGUACCAAAACUCCGUGAACCCGACUCGAAUCCAGGAGUAAUUCUAAACGUUCUUCGAGCAAUAGGUGACUUGGCUGAAGUUAAUGGCGGCUCAAAUGAAAUGGAGCGCUGGGCUGACGAUUUGCUGUCAAUUCUCUUGGAAAUGCUUGGUGAUUCAGGAAGUCCAGACAAACGAGGUGUAGCUUUAUGGACUCUUGGUCAAUUAGUUAGCGCUACCGGACGCGUAGUGUCACCAUAUCAUAAAUAUCCAGUUCUUAUCGAUAUCUUGAUUAAUUUCCUCAAAACUGAACAACGUCGUUCAAUCCGCAGAGAGACAAUUCGUGUCUUAGGUCUUCUGGGAGCCAUGGACCCCUACAAACAUAAAAUGAACAAAGGUCUUAUCGAUAGUCAAAAAGACAACAUUCUCAUAUCUCUCUCUGACUUUAAAGGCGAUGAAAAUCAAGACAUUUCUACUGCAGAACUUUUAGUCAAUAUGGGUAACUUAGAUGAGUAUUAUCCCGCUGUAGCAAUUUUCACUCUCAUGAGAAUUCUUCGAGAUCCCACUCUCAAUCAACAUCACACAAGCGUCGUUCAAGCUGUGACAUUUAUAUUCCAGAGUCUUGGCAUCAAAUGCGUUCCAUAUUUGGCUCAGGUUUUGCCAAAUUUGUUGGAAAACGUUCGCAUAGCUGACAUGAAUCUAAGAGAAUUUCUCUUCCAACAAUUGUCGACUUUAAUUGAAAUUGUCAAACAACACAUAAUCAGCUACAUGGGCGAUAUAUUCAAAUUGAUUAAAGAAUUUUGGAUUAUCAACACCUUGCAGCCAACAUUGAUCAAUUUAGUGGAGAAGAUCGCCGUCGCUUUGGGAUGUGAAUUCAAAAAUUAUCUCUCACAGUUGGUCCCUCAAAUAUUGAGGGUACUCCAACAUGAUAGCUCCAAAGAUCGAAUUGUGACAAUAAAACUAUUGCAAGCUCUGCAAAAGUUUGGCAACAAUUUAGAUGACUACCUGCACUUGAUUGUCCCACCAAUUGUCAAGCUUUUCGAUGCUCCAUAUGUUACCUCGCAAGUUUCCUCAGCUGCUAUGGAAACUAUUGAUAAUCUUGCAUGGAUCUUAGACUUUAAUGAUUUCUCAUCGAGAAUUAUUCAUCCUCUAGUGCGGGUUUUGGAUACAAAUCCUGAACUAAGAGAUCAAGCGAUGUCAACUCUUCGUUCGAUGGUGAUUCAAUUAGGCAAGAAAUACUUGGUUUUCGCACCUUUAGUGAAUCGUUCAAUCGUCAAACAUCGCAUAGUCGAUUCCAAGUAUGAGAAACUCUUGACAAAAAUUCAAAGCAACACAACAAUGUGUCUGGACGAUGAGUUCCACACUCGUCAGGCAAAGUACAAGAGCACUGAUGUAUCCUUGAGCGAUGUGAACACCACAAUCAAGAAACUCCACGUUUCGGCGAGUGAUCUCCGAACUGCUUGGCAGGUUACUAGGCGGGUUUCCAAAGAUGAUUGGGUUGAAUGGCUUAAAAGACUGUCCAUUGGUCUAUUAAAGGAGUCUCCGUCGCCAGCUUUGCGGUCAUGUCGAGCUUUGGCACAGAAUUAUGAGAAACUUUUAAGAGAUUUGUUCAAUGCUGCAUUUAUUUCCUGCUGGACAGAGUUGGAGAAAGACCAUCAGAACGAGCUAACUCAGAGUUUGUGUCAAGCAUUGGAAGUCACCGAUAUGCCAGAGAUUACACAGACUAUCUUGAAUUUGGCCGAAUUCAUGGAACAUUGCGAUAUGCCACCGAUUCCCAUUGAAACUAAAUUACUGGGAACUCGUGCUAUGGCUAGUCGAGCGUAUGCAAAGGCUCUCCACUACAAGGAAGAUGAGUUCCUGCGACAAAAUGAUCGCCAUGUCUUUGAGUCUCUCAUUUUGAUCAACAAUAAACUACAACAAAAGGAAGCUGCUGAAGGUCUAUUGACAACUUAUCGAAAUGAAGCAAAUGAAUUGAAGGUUCAGGGAAGAUGGUAUGAAAAGUUACACAACUGGGACCAGGCUCUGAAGCAUUAUUCUGAGAAAUUGCAAGUCGAUUCGACUGAUUUAGAAGCACGUUUAGGUCAUAUGCGUUGUUUGGAAGCUCUGGGUGAAUGGUCUGAGCUGGGUUCAGUUGCCAAACAAGACUGGGAGACUCUUGAUAUCGAGGGCAAAUCACGUGCUGGUCAUUUGGCAGCAGUUGCUGCAUGGGGCUUGCAAGACUGGGAGGGAAUGCAAGAGUAUGUCAAGUGUAUUCCUGAAGAAACACAAGAUGGUAGUUUCUAUCGAGCUGUGUUGGCUGUUCAUUAUGGUGAUUUUGAGACUGCACAGCGUUUAAUCGAUGAAACGAGAGACUUACUCGAUACUGAAUUGACUUCAAUGGCUGGAGAGUCUUACGAACGUGCUUAUGGAGCAAUGGUUUGUGUUCAAAUGUUGGCUGAAUUGGAAGAAGUUAUUCAAUACAAACUCAUCCCAGAACGUCGUGAGCCACUCAAAACCAUGUGGUGGAAACGAUUGCAAGGUGGUCAGCGUUUGGUAGAAGAUUGGCGAAGAAUCAUUCAAGUUCACUCGUUGGUCGUGAGUCCCCAGGAGGAUGUACACACUUGGUUGAAAUAUGCAUCUCUUUGUCGCAAGAGUGGAUCUUUGCAACUCUCCCACAAGACACUUGUCAUGCUCCUCGGUUCGGAUCCAUCAAAGAAUGCAAAUGAUCCACUGCCAUUCAAUCAACCCCAAGUCACCUACGCCUACACAAAGCACAUGGCUAUGUCGGAUAAUAUCCAAGGUGCCUACGAACAACUAAGUCGUUUUGUCAAUACCUUCAGUGCCCAAUGUAGUUGUAUCCCAGAAGAUAUCAAAAAGGAAGAUAGAAGACUCCUGGCACGUUGCUACUUGCGAUUGGCAAUUUGGCAAAAUAAAUUGCAAGGAAUUCAAGAUCCUGCUGCUGUUCAAGGUGCUUUGGAAUGCUUUGAAAAGGCUGCUGAAUAUGACAAGGACUGGUACAAAGCUUGGCAUUUGUUUGCCUAUAUGAAUUUCAAAGUUGUCCAAACUCAAAAGCAACAACUCGAAAGCAAUCCAACGGGAAUGACUGAAGUUAUGCAGUUACAAAAGGAGAAACUUAUUAUUGAACAAUAUGCUGUUCCAGCAGUUCAUGGAUUCUUCCGUUCCAUUAGUUUGGUUAAAGGAAACUCUUUGCAAGAUACCUUGCGACUGUUGACUCUAUGGUUUGACUAUGGACAGUAUUCGGAGGUAUAUGACGCUUUGCUAAAUGGCAUGAAAAUAAUCGAGAUCAAUACGUGGUUACAAGUGAUUCCACAGCUAAUUGCUCGUAUUGACACUCAUCGAAAUCUCGUGGGUCAGCUAAUUCAUCAGUUGCUAAUUGAUAUUGGCAAAUUCCAUCCCCAAGCGUUGGUGUAUCCUUUAACAGUAGCCUCAAAGUCUGCAUCGGUUGCUCGUAAAAAUGCAGCAUUUAAGAUUCUCGAUUCAAUGCGGAAGCAUUCCCUGAAACUAGUCGAACAAGCAAUGAUGUGUAGUGAGGAAUUGAUUCGGGUGGCCAUUUUGUGGCAUGAACAAUGGGCCGAGGGACUAGAAGAGGCUUCACGUCUCUAUUUUGGUGAACGAAAUGUUAAAGGAAUGUUUGAAAUAUUGGAACCAUUGCACAAUAUGCUCGAUCGUGGGCCACAAACAUUGAAAGAAACUUCAUUUAGUCAGGCCUAUGGACGUGAACUAACCGAAGCCUACGAAUGGAGCCAGAGAUAUAAGACUUCUUCGAAUUGGAUGGAUUUGGACCAUGCAUGGGACAUAUACUAUCAUGUAUUUCGAAAAAUAUCAAGGCAACUGCCACAGUUGACUUCAUUGGAACUGCCUUAUGUUAGUCCAAAAUUAUUGGCUUGCAAGGACUUGGAACUGGCUGUGCCAGGAAGUUAUAAUCCAGGUCAAGAACUGAUUCGCAUUAGUCACAUUAAGACGAACCUCCAAGUGAUAACGUCCAAGCAACGACCUCGCAAACUAUGCAUUCGCGGUUCCAAUGGAAAAGAUUACAUGUAUCUGCUGAAAGGUCAUGAAGAUUUGCGGCAAGAUGAACGUGUAAUGCAGCUGUUUAGUCUAGUCAAUACGUUACUGCUGGACGAUCCUGAUACGUUCCGACGUAAUUUGACUAUUCAACGUUAUGCCGUUAUUCCGUUGAGUACUAAUUCUGGAUUGAUUGGUUGGGUUCCACAUUGUGAUACCCUACACACUUUGAUUCGGGAUUAUCGAGAUAAAAAGAAGGUUCCUCUUAAUCAAGAGCAUCGAACAAUGCUCGGAAUGGCGCCCGAUUAUGACCAUUUGACACUAAUGCAAAAGGUCGAAGUAUUUGAGUAUGCUUUGCGUCAAACGCAGGGUGAUGAUUUGGCCAAGUUGUUGUGGCUCAAGAGUCCAUCGUCCGAGGUUUGGUUCGAGAGGCGAACUAAUUACACUCGAUCCCUUGCAGUUAUGUCGAUGGUGGGUUAUAUCCUAGGUCUGGGCGAUCGACAUCCUUCAAAUCUUAUGUUGGACCGUAUGAGUGGAAAAAUUCUGCAUAUUGACUUUGGCGAUUGUUUCGAGGUGGCCAUGACCCGUGAGAAAUUCCCCGAAAAGAUUCCAUUCAGAUUGACCCGAAUGCUAAUCAAGGCAAUGGAAGUGACAGGCAUCGAAGGUACUUAUCGGCGUACAUGUGAGAGUGUAAUGCUUGUAUUGCGUCGCAAUAAGGACAGUUUGAUGGCUGUGUUGGAGGCUUUUGUAUACGAUCCAUUGUUAAAUUGGCGUCUAUUGGACACGGAUAAAAAUCGUCGCUCCAAGGCGAAUAAUGAUGGAACGACGACAAUUGGUAGCCUUACAACUGGUGAUGACGAUGAGUCAAUUAGUAUGCUUAGAAGCCAAUCCAAUGCCAAAAAACCAUUUGAAACUGGAUUGGGAAUCGUCCCAAAUAACACCCAAAUGGUGGCUGAAGUUACAAAUUCCAAAGCCCGCCUUAUUGUUGGUCGUGUGAAACGUAAACUAACUGGAACAGAUUUCCAAACGAAAAAUGCUGUAACUGUUCAACAGCAAGUGGACUUGCUUAUUCAACAGGCGACAAACAACGAGAAUCUUUGUCAGUGUUAUAUUGGCUGGUGUCCAUUUUGGUAAACUAAAAAAGAAGAUAAUACAAUAUUAUUGGGAUAACUGCAGUUUUUUUUUGCUUUUGAACCUUUAAAGGUUUUAUUAUUUCUUUUUUUUUAUAAGAUUUAUAUAUAUUUUUCUUUUUAAUUUAUACUUUAAGUUUACUUUAACUUUUAUACCGAUUUCUUGUGUUUGAUCGGAAGUAGGUACACUUAACGCGCUCUAAUCUAUAAGUAAGACAAAAAUUUGUUUAUUGUAUUUGCUUUUUUCAUUCUUAUUAUAGCUUUGUAUC